UCGCAAGGACGAGGGGUCGGCGCGAACCUUUUUCUCUCGCGGUGAGACAGCCCACUUCACUAUCCAUUUCUAGACUAGUCCACUCCUUUUUUCUUCCACCCCGACCACACAAAUCGAUUCCACCCCAACCAGAUCGCCGGCGAAGGUGUGUGCGGCGGCCAGCCCGUGGAUCUCGGCGGCAUGCCGGUAGUUCGAGAAAGCGGAGCCGCUCGAGGAUGCUGGGCACGGAAGGGGGAGGAGCAGAGCCGUCUCCGACGCGGCGUGUCUAAGAGGCGGGCGCAGAGGGGGAUAGCGGCGGCGGUCGCCGGCGAGGGUGUUGCGGCAGCCUACCCACGGAUCUCGGCGAUGGCGCCUGCUCGAGAAAGUCGCGGCGCUCGAGGAUGCGUGGCGCGGAGGGAGAGAGCAGCAGCGGAUCUGACGCCGCCGCCGUCCGCCGCCGCGGUGCUUCAGCGUCGGCAUGUGGUGGAGGUCAACCAGAAGGUGGACGACGCCCUGCCGCUUGCAGCCGAGCUGCUCGUCGACGUGGACGCCGUCUUCUUUCCUGCGAUGUGCCGAAGGGGAACUGCUCGCCGGGAGUCACCCAUGGCCAGGUAUUCCGUUCACCUUGCGGCGGUGGCUUGGUCAAAACCUUUUCGCGGCUUUGCCACUCUCUCCGGCCGGAUCUUGAUCUUGAUGCACAACCAGGAGGUGAACUAGGAUUUCUGUUUCUUUGCACAGAUUCCACAGCAUCUUGAUCGAUUCACUAGCUAAGCAAAAGGCUACUCGUUCUUGUCGGCAAGUGCCCAGAAUGGGUAGAUGCAUUUUGAUAUGCAAUUUUUUAGUGUCCAUCCUUAGUUGUCAUUUCCACCCUAGUAUUUGUUCAUGCUAAAAAUAACACAUGGCAAAUUAUAUCGGUACUUAUUUCUAUAGCUAUUUCGGCAUUUUUUUUGUAUGGUUUACGAUCGCAAUCGUCCUGUCCAUAUGUUUUUUUGUAGUUUCAAGUAUACUCAAUAAAUUCUUGAUUAUUAGCACAACAAUAUGUCCCAUGGCAUUUCGCGUA